UCUCUCUCUGAAACACGGCUGCUGCUGCUCUGUUUUCACCUUUGUCGACACCUAUAAAAGCCCACCUCCCUCCAUUAAAGCUCCUCUCUUAUAUUUGUACUUACACUAAGAUAGAGCUCUCUCUCUCUCUCAUCUUUAUAUGAAAAGGUAAAAAGAGAAGUGAAGUAAAUGUAUGCAGAGCUAAUGUACCCUUACUUCCAUAACUUCUCUCAAGAAGUUCACCAAUUUGAAGACUUUGCCUGCUCUCAGAAGCCCAAUGCUUCAUCGGGCGCAUCAAGCAGCGUCGUUCAGGCACCUGCUGCAGCUGAGUACAACCUCUGGGGCGAAGGGGAUCUGUUCAACGCGCCUCAACCAGUUAUUGAGGAGCCUGUUAUGGGCCUUGAUCCAAUGACGGUUGCCAUAUCAAUGAUCUCUUGUGGAGAAGAUGUCAUCUCCCCUCCUCAGUCGUUGAGCGUGUCAGAUGUUGAGUCGUCUAUUGAGAGUGGGCAGCUCCUGAGCGAGGUCUUCUACGAGUGCAGGAAGGAUAUCUUGGCAAAGGAAGGGAAUGAGACGCCGCUCUCUGAAGUCCUCAGCAUCAACAUCCCUACUACUGUCAAGACUAGUGAUGAGAACAUGAUGAUGGAUGAGAAGAAGUCGCGUGUUGAGUGUUUGUUCCAGAAGAGUGUUAGUUCCAGCUGUCUGAGGUCGAUGGACAACGCCCAUGAGGCUCUCCCGAGGCCCAGCUUUCUUGAUUUCCAAGUUGAUGACUUUGAAGCUGCUUAUGGGAUGCGACGAGCAUACAGUGAAGGAGACAUAAAGGCUCUUUGCAGUGGUGGCAUAAACCACGCUCAAUCGCCACUGGGGCAAGCGAGGGUGAUGAGCAGCUGCGUUUCUGAGGUGCGCAGGGAGAAGCUGUCGAGAUACUGGAGCAAGAAGUCGAAGAGAAACUUUGGAAGAAAAAUCAAGUACGCUUGCAGGAAAGCUCUCGCGGACAGCCAGCCGAGGAUUCGAGGAAGAUUUGCCAAGACUGAGGAAGGACAAGGUGGGAAGAAGCAAUGAAGUAUAGGAGAGUGAGUAGAUUGUUAGAGUUUAUGCAGUGAAGAAAGAAACAAUAAGAAGCUUAGUUUGUUUGGUGGUAGCUCAAACAAUAAUUAACCUUUGUAGAUCAAAUCAAAUGUUUCUCUAGAUUAUUAUGUACAUAUCUGUUUAAUAAUUUCAUAUUGCAAUAAAUAACAACUUCUGUUUCUCA